AUGCUUCUUCAACUCUCCUCCACUUUCCGUCCUCAACUUCUUCUUCCUCGUCAAUUCCAAUUCUCAGAUGGAGCUUUGAUUCGCCAAAUAAACUUUGGUUCAAGCAAUUUAGUGGUGAAUCUCCGGCCAUUGAUACGUUGCCAGAGAGUUAGCGGAGGCCGAGGAGGAGCUAAUCGGAGCAAACCAGCGAAGCCUCCUGUCAAAGAAGGGAGCAACAAAACAGUAAUCGAAGGUUUAGUGACUGAAUCACUUCCCAAUGGGAUGUUUCGAGUGGAUUUGGAGAAUGGAGACAACAUUCUUGGUUACAUUUGUGGCAAGAUUAGGAAGAAUUUCAUUCGAAUACUCCCUGGAGAUAAAGUGAAAGUUGAGAUGAGUGUUUAUGAUUCAACGAAAGGUCGUAUCAUUUUCAGAAUGAGUAGUAGAGAUUAA